AUGGUGGCGGAAGCUUAUGAGUCCAGCUUCCAGCCCUAUGCUUACAGCGACAUUGAAUUCAACCGGACAUGUCACCUGAGCUUUAUCGAGGAGCUUCACGGCAUCAUGGGGAAGAUCGCAGCGAUACGCCUCGUGGUUAUCGCACCUGGCUACCUCCGGGGCCACGGCGGCGAGGUGAUUCAAUGUGGGAGAACCUUUGGGCGCGUGGUUUUCGACAUCGGUCCAGAACUAACCGAUCGCACCGCAGUCUGGGUGUUCGCUUGGAUGAAUUUCGGUCUAGAGACCGAUUUACCAACAGUUGAGUAG